AUGGCAUCCUAUCGCAGAGGUCACGCCGUCGCGCCCGAGAGCAUCAUGGACGAGAACAUAAGGAAGAUGCAGCAGCUCUCCAUCGACGCCCCGGGGAGGUGUGCGCGCCCGCGCGACCUCAGUCCAGACCCCCGUCGUCGAUCGCCCAACCCUGAUACCACGGGGCUGAAGGACGCCAAGCCUAAAAAACCAUUCGUCCCCCACGAGAAUGACUGGACAUACGAGAGGAACCCGAAGCGCCCAUCCGUGCAACUCUACCGCAACGAUAUCAUGUGCGUUGUCACGCAGGACAACAUCUACGACGAAGCAACGCGUAACCACGUAGUCGCGAUGCGUGACCAUGCGCGUUUCCUCGCCUGCAGAAUCGGCCAGGAUUCCUUUGCGAAGGAAGGGAUCGUCAUCGUGCACAAUGGACUCCCACGGGCGAUAUACAAGAAGGACGAGUCGAUACUCGCGUUCGAAGUGGUGGAGCGAACCAAAUGGCGCCAAGACCCCUGGGGCGACGAAUACGGCUCCACGAAGCUAGCAGUGGGCAACAGAUUUUUCAUGCUCCCUAUCGACGAGCUGAACGACAUCCUGUAA